AUGAACAGCUCUGGUGCGGCUCGAAUCGAGCACUUUCUGGCUCUUUGCUGCUACGGCGGCGAGCCGUUUGUCGAUUUUCACACCAAUGAGAGCAUCGAUCCGACGGACUGGUCCGCCGAUUUGGUCAAAGGUGCGUUCGAGUGGUCUUGAGCACUUUCAGAGCAUGUCAGACCCCAUUUUUUCAACUGUCGGGAUCCAACCACAACAGACUCAUGAGCACCACAUUUUUGACAAUGUCGACAGAGAUUUCAAACCGAACAAGACGUGGCAGGUCUUUGGGAUAGUGGAAAAUGCUCGAGAAUGCUCAAAAAUGCUCGAGAAUGCUCAAAAAUGCUCGAGAAUGCUCAAAAAUGCUCGAGAAUGCUCAAAAAUGCUCGAGAAUGCUCAAAAAUGCUCGAGAAUGCUCAAAAAUGCUCGAGAAUGCUCAAAAAUGCUCGAGAAUGCUCAAAAAUGCUCGAGAAUGCUCAAAAAUGCUCGAGAAUGCUCAAAAAUGCUCGAGAAUGCUCAAAAAUGCUCGAGAAUGACCACAAGCUCAACAAUCUCAUUUCAGACGUCAACGAAACGAUCGGCUCGAACCUGACUCAGUCCAUAGAAUCCAUCGGAGUGGACUUGGCGCAGUGCCAAAUGUUCAACAUCACGUUCACUAAUUUGGCCGACCAAUUCUUGUUCGACACUUAUAAGGCCAACUUUUUGUGCAGGUUUGUGCAGCGGGACACUUUAUUCAAGACGCUAUAUCUCGGCUGCUGAUAGAGAUGUCGAAAAGUUGUCAAUCUAUAAAAUACUCAUUAGGAAAUUGUCUACAUUUUACCAGUUGACCACUUUUUGAUACCUUUACCGGCAGCUGAGAUAUAUCAUUCGAAAUGAACAGAACUCUGUGUAGUAUGCUAAAUUUCCGUAUAGAAAUGUCUAUUUUACCACUCAUUUCCCGUCAUCAUUCACUCAUUAUCAGUGAGACUGGGUGACACUAAUCUUUCUCGCCCUUAUCGCUUAGUUCCCUUUCAUUUUGCCCUUUUCACUACUAUUUUCAAUUCAUUACUCCCGCCCCGUUCCUCAAAAGUUAUAUUAUGUUUCCCCGGGAUUUAUCAUCGCCCAACAACUGUUCUACUUUCUCUGCGUCUCCUCCAAUCCGCACACUAUUUCUCGGCAACUUUUGUUGCAUUAUGUGCAGUACAACAUUAAGAUUUAGAGAUGUGUGGAGGAUUACAUCCUCUUCGGAGGGUUUGAAGUGGAAAUGGGAGGUGUAAUAUCACAUUAUCAUUUCGUUUCGCUUCACUUUCAAACUAUGCUCUCAGUUUCUUCAUUUCAAACCUUAUUUUUCCUCCAUUUUCUCACUCUUUUGAACGUUUUUUUUUGGGUGAGUCGUUUGGACCUUCUCUAUUCAUUCGGAUCAUUCACUAAACUAAAGUGUAGGACCCCUCCUCCCAAUACCGUUUCUUUAAAACGCUAUAUCUUAGUUGUGUGUAGAGAUAUUAAAAAGUUGUCAACUAAUAAAAUACUCAUUAGGAAAUUGUCUACAUUUUAUCAGUUGACCACUUCUUGAUAUCUCUACAGCCAGCUGAGAUAUAUCGUUUAGAAUGAGCGGUAUUAUGGUGCAUCCCAUAAUUUCGCGUAAUUUGUUCCCUUUUCCAGUCAGCUAGAAGCCUGGAAAUUCAAUGCCUUUCCCCCCUUUCUCUUCCAUUUUUUCAUUUCGACGUUGCUCGUUGUUUGAUGCUCGGCGGCUCCCCCCGAGCGCAUUUUUUCAUUUCGACUCGAAAAAUGUACAUGUGGUGUACAUCAACUUCCUCUUUUUUCCCUACUGAUAUUGUGUUUUCCACAAAAUGAGGCCAAACUAUUUGUGGGCGGAGCCAGCGACUUCUUCUUUCUCUGGGUCAUCUCUAUUUCACUCUCACUCGUGCUUGUAUGUAUAAACAAUCGAAACGAGAAGAGUUUGAAGUUUGUAUUGUCAUUUUUGAGACACUUUCUGUUGGAAUUCCGGCUAUAACAACUUAUUUUCCAAAAAGAAUUCCGCCUAAAAAUCUAGUAGAAACUUAAUUUUCACAAAUUUCCAGGUGCCCAAUCGGCCGAACCGGUCAAAGUUGUGAAUUGGAGCAGCCGAUCGCGUUGGCUCUCUCGCAAGACGAUUCAUUUUCGCCGCCGCCGCCGAACCCAAUGGUUAUGCUGCUCGUCAUUGCGGCUGUCGUGCUCGCGCUCAUGGUCGUUCUAGCUAUGGUUAGUUUGGGGUCACAACAAAUCUCUCUCUGAACCGAUCGAAUUUCACCGCCCCCCCCCCAAUUCUUCGCCACUUUUUAUUGUCAUUCGAUCCCGCGCUUCUCUACUUUUUCUCAUGCUCAAGGACUCCGAGGGAUUCUUUCAAAGACUGCCAAUAUGCUUGGGUGUUUGUUCACGAAAUCAGGAGGGUUCUUGGAAUGUUUUUCCAUUCUUCGUGAGCACAAAAAUGAUUUUAUCACCUCGCGGACUCGAACUUGACACUUUUGGACUUUCCAGAUCUGCAAUCGUCGCUUUUAACCACUGCGCCACGUGGUUAUGGCGCCUAGCGCCAACUCGGUCUUCUUUUCAAAUAGCUGCCCCGGAAAUGAGUGUUUUCUGCAAAAAUAGACUCGGUGCUCUUCGUUUUUGUCCCUAUUUGCCGACAUUGUUUUAUGACCUCCCCCCCCCCUCCCCGGGGUGGCGCUUUGUUUGAUUUGAACCAAAUUUGGCAGUUAUUCGAUACUUUUUCGGCACAAAAUCGGGGGGAGAAUGAUGAUCAUGAUUCAGAGUUCAUUUUUAGAAACUUGUCGAGUUGGAGGCUUUACCGCUUUUGUGCAAGUUUUCGACACAUUUCGCAACCUUCCUCUGCGGUUGCGAAACGUCCUACACGAGAGGACUCAAAAAUUGAGCCGCCGGACCCCUUUUUCCAUUUUUCCGAUGGAAAACUCGGCGAAAGAGCACGAGAAUUGAGGAGAGCACAGAGAAAUGAGAGAAAAACGAAAGUGGGGGGUGGGAGAAGCCGAAAACGGAAGGGAGAAGCCGUUAUUUUGGAGACGACGAGACUCGAGUCAAGGCUUUUCCUUUUUCUGCGGCGGGCCGGCUCUUUUUUGGCCGUUUUAACUGGCUUGUUUCCAUAAUCUUUUGUGCUCCUUUACGGCUCUUCUUAGGCCGUGUUUAGGCUCUUUUUAGGCCACAAAUAGCCUGAAAAAUUGCCAAAGAACAAACAUAGUUUCUAGACUGCGAUUCCAGCCCAUUCUCCUGACUCAUUGUCCCCUGAAACGACCUUUCACAACGAGUCCAUAUUUGCUCUUCCUUAAAAUUUUUAUAGACUUUGUCUGAAAACCUUCUUCUUCUUCUUCUUCUUCUUCUUCUUCUUCUUCUUCUUCCAGAGUCUCAAUUUCCGAUUUCCUCACCUCAUAAAAUCGCCGAUCACACGCUUCUCUUAUCACUUUUUUGGUUUGAUAAGAAAAGUGCAUUGGAUGCAGAUUUUGGGGUGGAGCAAGAGGUGCACGCAGAGGGCAUUUAAAAGUGUUAGCAAUGCUCGGAAAGUGCACAUUAUUCGUGGUUUUCUAGGGCCAAAAUGAUCGAGUUGUUUGACUACUUUGGUCCCUAAAAGUUGGAGUAAAGCCUAAAAAAGGUGGUCCCCUCCAAAUCGAUUCCAAUUUUCCACCUUUUCCAUUUCCUUUUUCCAUAAAUCCAUCCGUCACUCUUUCUACGAGCUCUCGCUGCUCUUUUUCGCCGCCAACGACUACUUUAAGCUCUUUUCCCCUCGUUUUCUGCUCCUCUUUCACUUCUUCUUCUUCUUCUUCUUCCUCUUCUUCUUCUUCUUCUUCUGCUUCUACUUCUUGAGCGUAAAAAGAGGAUGAAAGUGAGAGAAUGCGGGAAAAAAAGAGACGAAGAGAAAUGGGAGCUCACGCAAUGAAACGGGUUGUUGGCCGGGGGAGCAGAGCGGGAAAAAGUGGUGCAUGUCGGCGCUGGUGGGCUCUUUUUUCCUGGAGCUCUUCGAGUUUGGAGCCAACAUGCGGUGAGAGUUAUUGUCUUCUUCUUCUUCUUCUUUUUUCAUUUUUUGAUCUAUUCCCUCCAGAUGUUCUCCGAAAACCUCGCCAAAAGUGUCUUCCUAGCGGUGUCUUCAUUGAUUUUCACUUUUUUGAGGGAAAACUUCUAGAAGCUGCAGAUUUUUGAGUCCAGUUUGACAAAUGAGCAAAAACACAUGCUCCGGGGCCGUUGUUUGUCGUCUAGAACCUUUCGAAACCCAUUUUUCGGUUUUCUUGUAAAAAAUCACUGAAAAUCAAGGCUCCAGAGCCGUUUCAAAUGUGAAAUCAUCAUUUCAUGUACGUGUCAGUACCGCUUCCGGUCACAAACCAAACAAAAACACGUGUCCUCAUUGACCACUCGUUCUUAUCUUUCUUUCCGUUCGCUUUGCACUCGUCACCGCCGUUUUUUUUGCUCUUUUUAGUGAUUUUGUGCAAAAAAGACCCGGUUUUAGGACCUGGAACAUUUGAAUGAAUUAGAUUUCACAACCGAAAGCUUCUGGAUUUCAUAACUUCUUCUGUCGAGAGUUUAGCGCAACCAACAUGUGGCCGGGAGAAAACUCAUUAUUUUGUACAGAUGUUGGUCGUCUAAAAACGAGUUUUAGAAGAGUUCCAGUUCAUUUUUUUUGGACUUUUCGAGCAAAAAUGUACUAACAUACCAAUUUUUGACGAUUCUAAGAGCUUUGGAUCCCCUAGAGCUCGAGGAAUCGAAAGUGAAAUCACUUUUGACUCCGCCAAUUGGGCGCCAUCGUGACCCAUUCAAAAUUUGUUUUCUUUUAUUUAUUUGGAGAAGCUGGGCAAGUGGAUAACGUCACUCUUUUUUUGUGCGACAAACUCCACUGUUUUGCAACUAUCUGGUAAUAGAUGCUCGGUGGCCUAACUUUCCCCCGUGUAUUUCCUAGGCCAUGUACAUGAACAAUGAGCAAAUAGACACUUGAAAUGAUAGCGUUAACACAGUAUUAUCUUUUCGUUUCGGGUGCACUAACCUCAUCCCUCCCUCUCAGUUAGACAAACAAAAAAAAACUUGUUUGACAAUGGAUUAUCACCUGCUUUUCAUCCAUUUCUCUUGCUAACAUUUCGUGUAGAAGGGACCCACUAUAAUAUUGUUGUUUUCUUUCAGAUGGUCAAGGGCUGCUUCUGCGAUUGUUUCGGUCCGUUCGCACGCGAGGAUCCGUACGAUAAGCCGCUGGAUCCGGAAGACGUUCGACGCUGUCUUCAGAAGGUUCGCGAGAAUCAGGCGGCCAGGGUGAGCGCAAAGAUUGAUUGUGUCAAAAAGCAUUGGGGCUAGCGAGAGAGGACUAGAAAAAGCUAGGCCACUCUGGAUUUCAGCUCUCAAACAGUUCUAGGUGUGAAAUUCUAGGCCAAACUUUCCCUAGUCAAAACUAGUCCAUGCAAUUUCAUUCCUCUUUCAGGAAAUGGCCCUAGAACCUCUUGUAAGUCACCCACCACCACCAGCAAUGGUUUCGGAAUCCUACUCGGCCCCGUUCGCUCAAGGACCGCCACCACCACCGCCACCGCAACAGCAACCAGCCGGAUACCCGUCUGCACCGCCCAUGGUAAGAAAUACUGCAGUUGAGAGCCUCCAGUAACUUUUCGUGUUUCCAGCCGUACCGCCCACCGUCUCCACCACCGGCCUACACCGAUAUUGACCGUAACCCGGCGGUUUUGCACAACCGUACCCAAAUCUGA